AUGACAGUGGAGAUCCAGCAGUGGCGUGAAGGCUCCCGUGCCCCGCCUCCUCCAUAUUUAGAGGCACUUGCAUAUCCUCUGACGUCACUAACUGAGCCAGAAAACAAAGAGGACGUGGAAGAAAACAUCGAACUUCAAAAGUGUCCAGAAAUUCAAGAUGGUGGAACGUCUUUAUACCCAACCGCAUUAUUAUCAAAAACGUCCCGUUCUAACAGUGUGUGUUCAGGAUGUAGUGCAGUGCGGUCAAACUCACCACUCACUUGUCACGUGAUCAGUGACCAUCCACUCUCGUGCAGAGGCUCGUGCGAGUCUUGCGUACAAGAGAGUUCAGAUGAAGUGACGUCAUUUAUGUCGAAAAAACAGUGUCUUAGUCAUAAUUCCAUAGCAUCUAACAAACUAACAGGAUCUCCUGGGUCUAUAAAGACGUGUCGGUCCUACUCUCCACAGCCUGGCCCCAGCGGUUACAACGGGAGCAAGGGCAAGGGGAGGGCCAGCUCAACCGUCAAAUUUAUCAACGGGGCGGGGAACUACAAAACAGGUGCUACCAGCGAUAGUUCAGAUAAUAUUUACUCAACCAACUGUACAACGUCACUUAAUGAAACGGAAGAAGAACCCAAUAACAGUGCAGCCGACCGGGGAACUCUCUACUGCGCAUGCGGGAUACUGAUCUCCAUCAUUACACUCGUCCUACUGCUUGUUAACUUUGCAUAA